AAGCUCAGAGAUUAUGAUACAAGCAUGACUGGUUCUUGAACACUAUACAAGGCUUUGGAGAGAUGGGAUGUGCUGCUUCCAGGUUAGAAGAUGAGGAGGCUGUCAAGAUGUGCCGGGACAGAAGGGACUUGAUCAAGCAGGCACUGGAGCAGCACAACCGAUUUGCAUCUUCCCACAUUGCUUACAUUGAGUCCCUGAAGCGUGUUUCGGUGGCUCUCCAACGGUUUGUUGCCGGAGAUGAUCACCAUGAGCUAAUCUUCGAUACAUUCAUCUCCCCUAUCAAGCAACAGAAGCCAGAGAUGCUUGGUCUGCCUUAUGGUUCAUAUGAGAAGAGAACUAUUCAUGUUUCAAGGUACCUGAGGUCAGGGCCUAACCCAUCAGUGUCCAUUGAGGAGCACCCACGUCCGGUGGAAACAGUCCGUGUCGAGUCAAAUUACCCUAUGGACAACGACAGUGGCAUGGUGGAUAGAUUCCUACCAACACACUCUUCACCAGUGAGAUCGUCUUCAUACUACCCGCCACCUUAUAACAGGCCAAGCUACCAACCUCCAUUGGACCAGGAAACAGUUAGAAAUUCUUCCUAUUGCAUGCCUUAUGACAGGCCAAGCUAUGCACCUCCAUCACCCCAGGAGACAAUGAGGACUUCUUAUUAUGCAUCUUAUGACAGGCCAAGCUACCCACCACCAUCACCCCAGGAGCCACUGAGAAAUUCAUAUCACGUGCCAUAUGACAGGCCAAGCUACCCACCUCCGUCACCCCAGGAGCAGGAAUCAUCACCGUGGGACUUCUUCUGGAACCCAUUCUCAUCACUGGACAGCUUUACAUAUCCCCGCCCUCGGAGUAGCUAUGACAAUGUGGUCACUGAUGAUGAACUCGUGAGGUUACAACGGGUACGAGAGGAGGAAGGAAUCCCAGAACUUGAAGAGGAAGAUGAUGAGUGUCAAGAGCAUGUACAGAUGGACAGAAAAGAGGAAAAAGAAGAGCACGACAAUGCAGAUGAUGAUGAAGACGAUGAUGAAGACGAUGGCGAGGAAUGUGAGCAUUCAGAUGAGUGUAUGGUUUCUAAUGUGAAUUUUGAUGCCAAUAUGAAGCAAGAAACAAAGGGAUUUGAAUCCAAAGGUAUUCAGUGUACUGAAGCACCAGAACCUUGCAAGACAGUAGAACUUGAGAUAAAGGCACACAAGAAAGAGUUGAUGAGAAACAGAGUAGCAAAUGCAGAAGAAACUCCUGGUUUCACAGUAUAUCUGAAUCGAAGGCCAGCAAGCUUGGUUGAGGCCAUGAAGGAUAUCGACUGUCAGUUCUCGGGGAUAUGUGACGCUGCUCGGAAAAUCUCAGUAAUGUUGGAGGCAAGUAGAGCUCAGUACUCAACCUCAAACGAUCUUUCUGCGAAGAUGCUGAACCCAGUUGCACUUUUGCGUUCUGCGUCAUCCCGUUCAUCAUCAUCUCGUUUCCUUCUUGCUCCCUCUAGCUCAAUAGAUGAUCUCUUUAACAAUGAGACUAGCAGCUGCUACUCUGAAGAAUCUUGCAGUACCAUGUCUGGAAGUCACCACUCUACCUUGGAUAGACUCUAUACAUGGGAGAAGAAAUUAUACAAAGAAGUAAAGGCAGGUGAGCGGUUAAGAAUCGAGUAUGAGAAGAGGCUGACACAUUUGAGGAACCAAGAUGUGAAAGGCGAAGAACCUAUCUCUGUUGAUAAGACUUGUGCAGCAUUGAGAAGCUUGCAUACUCGGCUGAAGGUGUCAAUACACACAGUUCAGUCGGUAUCAAGGAGGAUUGAAAUUCUAAGGGAUGAGGAGCUGCAUCCUCAGCUUAUGGAGUUGAUUGUGGACACGGAGACGAUCAGCAAGCACGACGUGAUCAGGGAUUUUCCUUCGCAUCUCCUGUAG